AUGAACACAUUGGCCGAGGGCGAGAAAGGAGCCCCAGAUACCGACCGCACUGUAAACAAAUACAAGGCUGGGGCUCGGGGAAGCUCAGAUAUCACCACUACAGACCGUCCGUCUUCCGCAGCCGGCCCGUUCAGUGGUAGUGAAUCGACAGAAUCUGCACUGGAAGCAACAGCCGGGGCAGAUUCCAUUCCUGAUGGCGGUGUCACGGCAUGGCUCCAGGUUCUUGGCUCGUGGAUCAUCUUGGCCGAAACAUGGGGCCUGGUCAACGCGUUUGGUGUCUACCAAACAUAUUACGAAACCAAUAUGCUCUCUUCGAUCUCGUCCUCGUCCAUCUCCUGGAUCGGAUCAGUGCAAGGCGCUUUGCUCAUGAUGGUCAGCUUUGUGUCGGGCCCACUAUACGAUGCAGGGUACUUCCGCCACCUGAUAUUUGUGGGCCUAGGCCUCGUCGUCCUGGGUCAGUUCCUUACAUCACUCUGCUCAGUAUACUGGCAGGUGCUUCUUGCACAGGGCGUCAUGACGGGCAUCGGGAUGGGCCUGAGCUUUUUGCCAUCGGCAGCGAUUCUGGCUCAGUACUUUCGCCGGCGGCGAGCCCUCGUGCUGGGCAUAUCAUCAACCGGCUCUCCCCUAGUGGGCAUCACCCUUCCCAUCAUCUUUUCGAGGCUUGAGCCGAGAAUCGGUUUUGCAUGGACGACCCGUACGAUAGCUUUCAUCUUAUUAGCAUUAUCGGCAAUACCUCUGGCAUGUAUGCAUACACGCCUGCCUCCCAGCGAGGGGGCUCCAAGGAGGAUCAUUGACCCAACAGCACUGCGUGAGGCGUCUUUCUUGACUACAGUGUGUGGUUCCUUCUUCGUGUUCCUCACCCUGUACGUCCCAUUCUUCUACCUCCAGCUCUACGCAGAGACGCAUGGACUCGCAAGUCCCGAUAUUUCGCCUUAUGUGGUGACGGUGCUCAACGCCGGCAGCAUCGUCGGGAGGGUGGUUCCAAACCACCUUGCCGACCGCGCCGGGUCCGUCAACAUGCUGCUGGUCUGCGGUGUAUGCACACUGGUAGUUCUCGCGGGCUGGUUUGGAAUACAGAAUUUUGCCGGAUUAAUCGUCUUUGCCCUGCUCUACGGGGGCUUCUCUGGCGGCAUAGUUAGUUUGAUGCCCAGCGUCAUCAUAUCGUUGACUCCAGACCCGGGGAGAGUUGGGGCGAGGUUGGGCAUGAAUUUCCUCACGACGGGCGUGGCUCUGUUGAUAGGGACCCCGGUCGCCGGGGCCGUGGUCAAUGGUUUCGGGCGUAGCCAGUGGCUUGGAGUGAUUGGGUACUCGACAGCCGGCAUGCUUGUUGGGGUUUCUCUCCACGGCACAAGCCGACUUUUGCUCUGGCGCACCAAGGGACAGGUUAAGGCCUGA